AUGCAACUCGUCUUAUUAAAAUACCUGGUAUUAAUGUCCCUCGUGUUCUGUACCAUUGAAACUAAGCGUACAGUGAAAUUCCCUGGAAGAAGUCGAGCAGUGCUACGUCGAGUGGUUAGUCGUGAGAACUUGAAGCCCAAAAUCUGCUAUGAACAAGUUGGUUGCUUCGCGGAUCCACUGCCACAUUUAACUUUGAAAAGGCCACCGGAACAUCCUAACGUAAUUCAAACAAGAUUUUUUCUGUACACUCGCUCGAGUCGAGAUUCUGGAAGCCUUCGCUACGAUGAUGAUUUUAAAUCCGUUCUUCAAUCACAAUUUGACUCGGUGAAACCUUUGAAAGUUAUAAUACAUGGUUACAAAGGAAGCGGUAGCGAUGUUGGUGCAAUUCUUUUGGUACAAGCCUUUCUGGACUUGGAAGACACAAACGUCUUAGUACUCGAUUGGACAAGAGGAGCUGCAACGACCUAUUCUGCAGCAGUAGCGAAUACAGAACUUGUAGGACGACAGUUGGGACUUGUUCUUUUAGACGCUAUCAGUUUGGGCACUCUUCCUGAAAACAUCCAUGUGAUUGGCUUCAGUCUCGGAGCUCAUGUCGCUGGUUGUGCCUCGGAGAUACUGAAAAAGAGGAAUCAUCUUCUAGGACGUAUAACAGGCCUAGACCCUGCAUCACCAUUUUUCAGGAAUCAUCUGUUUCGAGAAAAAUCCAGAAAAUUGGAUGCUACCGAUGCUCAGCUUGUAGAUGUAAUUCACACGGAUGGAUCCGAGGAUUUUGCAGACGGCUUUGGACUUCUUAAACCACUUGGUCACAUUGAUUUCUUCCCAAAUGGCGGUCGAGAACAACCUGGUUGCAUUGAUGUAAAAAAUUCUGUUGUUGUUAGUCAUUUGAAAGAGGAUAUGUUAACUAGAGAAAUCGCUUGUAGUCAUUUAAGAGCGUGGACAUAUUUUUUGGAAAGUGUACGCGUAACGAAUGAAUCAUGUAAAUUUAUCGCUUGGCCUUGUCCCCAAGGAAAAACUUCGUAUGCAAAUGGAAUGUGUUUUCCUAUGGAAUCCUCCCUAUGGUCCCAAGAAAUGGGCUACCGAGCUAAUCGCGGCCCUUUAGGAAUUUAUUAUUUGCCUACAAGAGAGCAAGAACCAUUCUGCGGUCAGCCUUUACGAGCGUCAGUAACAACUUCAGAACAGGCGCCAAAGACAUCAGGGAUAUUAUUCUUAAAGAUUGAAGAUCAUGAUUCUGCGAUGACUUUCACAUUUCGUUUCACGAUAUCAGUUCGAAAAAAUAGAUGGAUGACGUUCUACAACAUUAUUGCAGCCAAAUUUCAAUUUUUAUCCGAAAAUCAAUCAAUGAUAAAAGCACACAUUUGGUAUCAAAACGAUAAGGAUGAAAGAAACGAAGAUGAAGUUACAAUCCCUAACUCAAAUACAUUAUUCAUAGACAAAGUUAUUAUUGAGGAUAGAAAAGGCAGCAAAUGGGAAUACUGUAUACGAAAUACUGCUAUAAAUUUACAAAAAAAUUUGAUAAUACUUCGUCGUGAACAUUGUACUUUUUUAUAA